CGCGACUUUUUCCAUCUGCAAUAGAAAUUUUAUCAAAGUGUUUUUUUGCUUCUUAAUCUGUCCGAGAUGCACGUGGGCUGCCAGUAAACCGCCAGUACACCAGCCGACCAUCGACUUUCCAUCUUUCCAUCAGUUAGUUCAUCGGCGAAACUCGCUUGCGAAGGUUGGUAAACUCACCGGGCGAUCGGACGACGUUUCUGAGUCCACUCGACUCCUCAGUACCAGUUGCGUGAUUUUCAUUCCGUUUUCCGUGUUUGGUUUGUUAGUGACAGUUCGUUUUCUCAGUUCCCUGGGAUUUUCUUUCAAGGUAUUCCAGGAUGGACGGGCGUUAGAGCGUCGGGAUGCCUGACGUGAGCCGCUCGGAUUCUCAACGAUCGAACACCUCGCAAAAACCACGCGUGUCCUUCAAUAGAGACGUGCACGUGAAACGGAUCGUGCCGAGGGAAAAUUCGCCCGUUGGUGCGGUGAGCGGGGACGGCGUCAGGACGCCACUGGUCGCGUCGCCUGUUAGGAAAGAGCGAUUGAAGAAAUCGAAGAAAGAACUGUCUGAAGAAGCGAAACGCGUCCUUCAUCAGGUCGAUCGCGUGGGUUGCGUCACUUCUGGCGACGGCGUCUCCACGGAUCGUUUCUACACGUUACCCCACCGGAGACGCAAAACCGACACCGUCACAGCGUCGCUGGAGCGUCGCGGAAAGCGCCGAAACUCCGCCGACGGCUCGCCACCGAAGAAACCGCCGCGCACGUUCGCCUCGCCGGAAAAGCCGUCCAUAUUCGACGUAUUCAAGAAGGGCAAAGGGCUCCGUCGCAGCGCCAGCGAUGCCAGCUCCGAGCGCUCGGACGUCGCCGAUGAGAACUUCCGACGGCGCGCCGGCAGCGAAGGCGAGGACUUCGUGAGGGGCAACCGGAGCGAGAAGAAGCAGCUGUCGCCCAUCAUAGAGGUCACGCCGCGGGAGGACUACUUUUCGGACGCGGUGCAAAACAAGGAGAACAUCGAGCCGACGUCGUUCGUUCGGAAGAAGCAGAAGGAUAGCGUGACGGCGCAGCUGAAGCGGUUCAUCGACGAAGUCGACGAGGAGCUCUACAAGGAGACGGGAAUUCGACCGGACGCGCCAGCCGAAGCGCCCCAGCCGAUUAUAAUCGACGUGGAAAAGGCCGAGCAGAUAAACAAAAAGAAAAAGAAAUUCCGCAACUCACUCUUAGGCAAGAAAUUGAAAUUCGCCAUACGGAAGAAGAAGAAGCACGCAAAUGAAUCAAAUGAAGCAAAAAGGAACAACAAACCGCAAGAUCUAACUCCAGAUCAUCAAAAAGAUCCGGCUCUUGGUCACCAAGUACAAGAAACGAUCGAUACUUUACUACACCCCAAGGACUCUCCCAAGAUGAUUCAUAGCAGUCAAAUGCCGCCGGAGAAGCUACCUCUCACCAAAGGUCGAAUGGUCAACAACCUGGUGAAGAGAUUGAGCUACGAAUCCUCCUCACCGCCUCCUCUCACCUCUAACGUGAUGAUCACCCCGCACGGGUCCGUUCAACACAACAAUAACCAACCGUUUUCCUAUACACGGGGAUUGAACGAAACGUCCCCGACUCCGGGUAGCCCGAUUAUCUAUGCUCAAGUAGUGUGCGGCGGAGCCAACAAACAAACCAUCCACACGGCUUAUAAUGGCAAGAAACACUCCCAAUCGGAUUCGGACGAGGGUCUCGGAGGCGAGGAGCACUCCGUCUUCAAAUCGAUCACGCACAUCGACGAAGUGGAUAAAUUCGAAGAAGAAACUCCCAUCACGCCUAGGAUCAGAAACCCCGGUUACAACAGCUACGAGCGCAAGGUGCGAUACGUGGAUUCCUCGGCGAGAGGCCGCGGCGACGGCAUGGAUUCCAAGCGAAGGGAGAGCUUCACCGAGAAUAAUAAUUUCGCAUCGAACUCGUACACCGGCCGGCAGGAUUUGUCCGCCAGAAGGGACCAACUAGAAUCGAGAAUCAACCGAAGAGUCAACGACAACUCGUUGCGCACCUCGCCGGAAUACCUAAAAAACCCCGACACUACCUCCAAGUACUUCUACAAAGGCCGAUCCUCUAGUCCAGUAGGUUACAAGUACGUGACGAAGUACGCCGAAUACGAAACCCGAAUGAAGAGCUUCACGCCAUCGCCCGAAACCCCGGACUACAUUCCCAAACGCGAGUCCUUCCACAAGUCCACGCCGGACAUCUACUGCCGCUCCAGGCAGGACUCGCUGCAGCGCGCCUCCUCCAACUGCAGAUCGGACUACCUGCACGCCGACUCCGGCAUCGAGAACGACUUCCGGCGCGACUCCGGCGACAACUCCCGGUCGCGCUCGAAGCACAAGAGCGACUUCUGCGCGGAGAGCGAGGACGAGGGCUUCGCCAGCUCGCUGCUGAUCGCCAGCGAGCGCCAGCACACCGAGAACGGCGUCAACCGCCGCCGGAAUGGCGACCGCGACUCCGAGCGCGCCGCCUCCAGGGAGGACGACCGCUACAGGCGCGAGCACGAGCGCCGCGUGUCCGGCGACUACGCGCCCCGCGAGCGCAGCAUCGACGACGGCUCGCACUACGACCCCAGGAUCGACAAGGACGUGGAGGUGUUCACGCUGCGGCGGAGCGAGAAGAAGCCGCCCAAGCCCGAGAAGAAAAGCAGCCUCGAGAAGGUGAAAUCGCUUUUCACGCGCGACAGCAAGAAGAAAAAGGAGAAAAACCUGGCGAAUCACGGUAUGGUGAGAGAGGAGAGUUUGAGGGCCAGAUACGUGGAAUACAAAGGCAGGGAGCCCGUUGAGCACAAAUACAAAAACGGAGACAUCGACAAGCAACCGAACUUCGAUUAUUCGAAUAGAAGACGCCUACCGACGCCCAGUCCAAGUCCAACGCGCGACCACCCCCGACGCGUCAAAAGCGAAUCGACGCACGGUAGUUGGUUCAAAUCGUUGGACAGACUAUCCAGGAAAAAGUCCAAAAAGGGCGAAAAAGAGGACUUUACGACCGUCACAGACGAAGAACCCGCCACCAAACCGACGAAAAACCUCCGGUUCUUCGGCGACACCGAUCAGGAAUCCAACGACAGCCUGCGCCGCAAAUCGGCCUCCAAAACCCGCCCGGGCACACCGUCCAAACCCAAGAGUCAAUCCACCAAGGAGCUGCGCCGCCUCCCCGACGACUACAAAUCGAAGAGCUACUACAAAUCCUUGACCAACGUCUCCGAGCACCACGACAAAGAAAACAAGAGCUCCAGGUUCAUCUCCAAACCGCCGGCGUCGCCUAAUCGACGCACGCCCAGCAGGGAAACCAACCGGCACGACAAAGAGCGCACCAGGAGGCGGAAGAACGAAGUCAGCUCCGUGGAGAGCUCCACCGAAGGCGACAGUAGCCAGCAAUCCCAAAGGAGCAUAGUCUACCUUCACGCCGCCACAGUUGGUGAUAUCCCAGGCCCGGGCUACCUGAAGUCGGGUCGCAGGGCCGCUUCCAGGGAGGAGCUGGCGUCCAACGGCGGCGCCCGCGUCCAGAACGUCAAGACGCUGAGCAGAUCGUUCUCGGUGCUGGCGCCGUGGAGGCCGCGCCACUCGCGCGAAGCCCUCGACAUCGACUACGCCCCGCCGCCGUCGAGGAACGGCAAGUUCGAGCAGAAGGGCGGCAGGAGCUCGACGGGCCGCAAGGAGAGCUCGUCGACGUUGAAGAAAAAGGCGCAGGAGUCGAAGAGGAACCAGAACGGGUCCACGCUGUUGAAGCUGUCCAAGUCGAGGGAGAGCCUGGGCAGGUCCAGAGAUGAGCUGUCUAAAGGUUCUAAUUCGACUUUGUAUAAGAAAAAGGAGCGCCUGCCCAAGGAGAAUUCUCGGUACAAUCGAGACAGGGAUGAGAAGAAAUUGGCGUCGAAGAGCCUUUCGACGGAAUCAUUGGGAGGGCAAGAAAGGCGGUACAGGGACGUGAGGGAAAUCUCCAGAUCGGUAUCCAUGCCUAGGAAUCCGGACAAAUCGGCCGGCUGGUAUAAAAAGUAAUGUUAAGUACUCGAGUAGAAUCAGUGGCGUAUUUUACGUAAGGAAUUGAAAAAAAAACUAACCAAGUCUGAUUAAUUUGCUUCGAAAUGAGUAUUCAUUUUGUAAAUAAUUGUGUAUUUUAGAGAAUAAUGGUUUAUCGGGGUGUUUUAUAUUUAAUAAGAUUUAUUUUACACUAUGCGCCACUGAAAUAACGUGCCAUUUAUUAUACAGUAUUCAUAAGGAAACUUUUAUUAUUCGCAUUAAUCACAUCCUGUAGGUUAUUAUAAUUAUUGAUAUCCCAUUGUUAAUUUAAAUUUUAAAUCAAUAAAAAGUUCUUUCUACAUUCAACAAAAAAAGUUAAAGGGAUGUGAGAUAAAAAAAUUAAAAGUUUGCUUAACGAGUUAAUAAAUGCUGUAUGCAACACAAAUACCCGAUAAAGUCUGAACAUCAAUUGAAUUCGCUUAAAAUUAAUUUUAAUGUAAAAAUAUAACCGUUCAAAUUUUACCGGAAUUUUCCCAUUCUCGCACAUUUACUGGCUUAAAUUGUACAAGAGAAACAAUGUUAGUUAUUUAAUUUUAAUCGUGUAAUUAAAUAUGACGCGCGAGGAAGAUUUGAUUUCCCUUUCGUUACGCCGGAGAACCUAGUGAAAGGGAAUUUGGAUUUUUUCCAAUCUAUAGUUAGAAUUUAUUUUAAUCCCGAAUCGCGAAUAGGUGUUUCCUGUAACUCCUGUGAAAUUUAAAAGUAAUCAAAUUUGUGGGAAAGUCGUUACCAAAUCGUUACCAAUUUGAAAAUGGUGGAAGCUUCGGGUUGCAGGAUGCACCUCGAUUUUUUUCUAUUUUUAACUGUAAACUGUAAAAAUUAAUAAACAUUCCUAAAAUGAAAUCAUCAAUUGAAUAAUAUGGUGCUAUAUUAGUUUAAUGAAGAGUUUCUUGUUGUAAAAUCACUUGUAAAUAACAACUUUAGUUACUGUAAUAUGUACCCAAUUAUUGUUUGUUACCAAAUUGCUAUCGGUGUGCUUUAGCAAGAUUUGGACUACUUUUGAAACUCUCGUUUAUCUACAUAUACUAAUUUGUGUAUUAUAUAAACAAUUUUGUGUACUAAACGUAAAAUGUAAAGAAAAAUUAAAGAGGAUUUUAAUUAAUGCACAUUGACUUUUUAUCAUUUAAAUUUCUUUUAUUUGUAGAGUUAAAACGUGGAAUGAAAACCGAUUAUAAAGAGUAGAUUAAUUGAAAUUAAAUUCUAAUAAAUUAUUCAAAAUUUGAUUAUAUUGUCUUGCUCAAUCGAUGGUAAGCAGGUAAGUAAAUAAAACAACUCAUAUAUUUUUAUAAAAUUUAUUUUGUUUUAAAAUAGGACGUAUUUAUUACAAAAUAUUAUGUUUUCUAUACAUAAGCUUCACAAAUAUCAACUUUUCUCAACUAAUACAAAUUAGCUUAAAUCAUUAAUUUAGUACCUAAGUUUUUUUUUAUAACCAUCAUCUCUAUAGAUAGAUAUAUAAUGUAAUUUUAUUUAGAAUAAUAAUAAUAAUUCUAUACCAUAAAUUAUUUAUUCUUUUUUAUGAUUUUUAUUUUGCAAUUGCUUUUGUUUAUAGCGCUAUUUUUUGUUAUAUACAUAUUUUAUAUAAUUUGGCCCUCCUCCCUCCUCUUUCAAUUAUUUUCAAUAAUAUUACUUAUUUAACGCAUUUCGUUAUUAUUAGUUACACAAUUUUUGUGUUUUUUUUUGGCCCACCUCCCUCCUCUUUAUUCUCUUUAUUAUCAACACUUUCUUGGUUUUUUAAUAAAAAAAUAAGUAAAAAUAUAUUUGGAAUGACCAAAAAAUCCGCACAACAUGGAACAUGUUCACUUGCAUACUAAAAUCACUAAAAAUAGCCAUGAAGACAACAGCCCGAAGAAAAAGUGUAAAACACGUUCAUAAAACACUUAAAAUGCAGCCAUUAAAUUAACACCCAAAGCACGUGCUUUACAAUAGUAAAAGAAGAUAAAGGUAAAAAGAAAAAAUUAGCUAAUUUAAACGCAGUGUUGAUUUUUGUUAGCAGCCUUUUCGGUUACUUUUUAUUGAUGUUACACACACUAUAAAAUUUGCAUUACAAUACAUAAAUGCUUAUUAUUAAAUCAACCAAAAUCUUUAAGCAGAUUUGUCAUUUUUUUCACACCAAAAAAACCUGUUACAAUUUACCUUUAAUUCUUUUUAAACUUUAUAUAAAUACUUCAAGUAUUUUUUUAUUUUUUUGCCCACCUCCCUCCUCUUAUUUUUUGUAUUUUUCUACUCACACUAAAUUUUAGAAUAAUUUUACACAUACAUGAUAUUUUACCUCAAAACGCACUAAUUUUUUGGCAUCCGCUCUUCUUCUACCUGCCUCUUUUGUACUUAUUUCACACUUACUUCACCUACUUUUACACUUUAAUUUUAUGCCCUCCUCCCUCCUCAUAAAAUAGUGUAUUGUUUUUAUUCGUAGGAAAUCAUGAAAUUACCUUUACAAGAAUUUAUAACCGAAUAAAAGUCUUCCUUAAAUAACUUUCUCUACUUUAUUUGACACGGAAUUGAAUAUCGUAGAUUAAAAUAAUACUGUUAUGUAAGUAUUCAAAAUGUACCUGUUUAUAUUUUUAUUUUACCUUCUUCGUGAUAUUUUGUACUUAUUCGUUCGUUUUUAAAAAUAUAUGUAUUACCGCAAUAACUGUUGAAACAGUUUACCUUAAUAUUUUAUUAUUAUCAACCGUUAUCAAUUAUUUUUCUUAAAGAAACAGGGAAUUUCUUAAUUUAUUAGAGGGGAAUUUAAAAGAAUGUGGAUGUAUUAGAAAUACCUUAAAUCACAAUAUUACCUAUUGAUACAUUAUUGUAUUAUUAACGCUACUUAUUUACCUUUUCAGGGAAUUUUUAUACCAGCUUUUUUUCAUUGAAACCACUAUUAUUUUUUACCUUAUUAUUAUUUUCUUGCCCUCCGCCCUCCUCUUAUUUUCCGCUUUAUUUUUGUACACUCUUACUAAACCUUUUAUGCAUAUACGCAUCAUUCAACACUUUAUUAUAAGGCACUUUUAAUUUUUUCCUUCCGCUUUUCUUCUCUGUAAUUUUAUUAUUUUUCUCACACUAAUUUUUUCCUAAUAGGUAGAUAUACCGGGUUCAGGUAAUAAUUGUAAUUUAUUUUCCAAUGCGCAAAACUCGUUUAUGUUAGUUAUAUGCUGUGUUAUACAAUUUAACGUUUCUAUACAUAAACUUUCUCUAAUUUAUUUACCAGGGAAUUCGUAGAUAAUAAUAGUACAUUAAAGUUCUUUAAAUUUACUUUCGUUUUUUAUUAUAUCUUUAAUAUCAAAAUAUUGAUAAUAAUAAAUGUUAAUUCAAUUGAUUUUU